AUGGACGUGGACAUGGACGUGGACGUGGACGUGGACGUGGACAUGGACGUGGACGUGGACAUGGACGUGGACAUGGACGUGGACAUGGACGUGGACAUGGACAUGGACGUGGACAUGGACGUGGACAUGGACGUGGACAUGGACGUGGACGUGGACGUGGGCGUGGACGUGGACGUGGACGUGGACGUGGAGAUGGACGUGGACGUGGACGUGGAGGACUUGGACGUGGAGAUGGACGUUGACGUGGACGUGGACGUGGACAUGGACGUGGACGUGGACAUGGACGUGGACGUGGACGUGGACAUGGACGUGGACAUGUACGUGGACGUCGACGUGGAAGAAGACGUGGACGUGGAGAACUUGGACAUGGACAUGGACGUGGACAUGGACGUGGACGUGGAUGUGGACGAAGACAUGGUCGUGGAUGUGGACGUGGACGUGGACGUGGACGUGGACAUGGACGUGGACGUGGACGUGGACAUGGACCUGGACAUAGACAUGGACGUGGACGUGGACGUGGACAUGGACGUGGACGUGGACGUGGUCGUGGACGUGGACGUGGACAUGGACGUGGACAUGGACGUGGACGUGGACGUGGAGGACUUGGACGUGGAGAUGGACGUUGACGUGGACGUGGAUGUGGAAAUGGACGUGGACGUGGACAUGGACGUGGACGUGGACGUGGACAUGGACGUGGACAUGUACGUGGACGUCGACGUGGAAGAAGACGUGGACGUGGAGAACUUGGACGUGGACAUGGACGUGGACAUGGACGUGGACGUGGAUGUGGACGAAGACAUGGUCGUGGAUGUGGACAUGGACGUGGACGUGGACGUGGACAUGGACUUAGACGUGGACGUGGACGUGGACGUGGACGUGGUCGUGGACGUGGACAUGGUCGUGGACAUGGACGUGGACAUGGACAUGGACGUGGACGUGGACGUGGACGUAGACAUGGACGUGGACCUGGACGUGGACGAGGACGUGGACGUGGACAUGGACGUGGACGUGGACGUAGACAGGGACAUGGACUUGGACAUGGACGUGGACGUGGACAUGGACGUGGACGUAGACAUGGACAUGGACAUGGACGUGGACGUGAACGUGGACGUGGACAUAGACGUGGACGUGGACGUGGACAUGGACAUGGACACGUCCACGUCCAUGUCCACAUCCAUGUCCAUGUCCACGUCCACGUUCAUGUCCACGUCCAUGUCCAUGUCCAUGUCCAUGUCCACGUCCACGUCCACGUCCACGUCCAUGUCAUUUGCACUCUAA